AUGUCUGAGGUUAUUUAUGAUGAAGUGACCAGUCUCGAGAGUCUGGAAUUAGAUAGAGGAGAGAGAGUGGAGAUGAUGGUGGACUUCUAUCAAGAUUUAGAUGCUGUAAGAAAUGAUGAAGUGAUGAUAAACACAGAGAGACAGCAAGCGCUUCAACAUACAGGAAGAGUCUCAGUGAAGAACAGAAGACACAGAUCAGUUCAAGUGUGUUUGUGUUUACUGUCUGUUCUUCUGUUCACUGCUGUAAUAGUCAUCUGUGUCUAUUUCAACAAUGAGAGAAAACAACUACUAACACACAACUAUAACUUGACUGAAGAAAGAGAAGAGUUACUAACACACAACUGUAACUUCACUAAAGAAAGAAAAUUAACAGCCAACUAUAACUUGACUGAAGAAAGAGAAGAGUUACUAACACACAACUAUAACUUGACUAAAGAAAAUGACAAAUUAUUUAGAAAAUACAGCGAUAUACUAAACCAGAACAGAAUCUUGACUGAAGAAAAAGAAAAAUUCAGAAUCAAGAGUGAUGAACUCCCAGCUGCCGUACAAGAGAAGGGACUGCUAAUUCUCCAGAUCGAUAACUUAACCAAAGAAAGAGAUGAGUUACUUACAAACAAUGCAAACCUGCUAAAUGAGAUAAACCAAUGUCAAAAGGAGCCCAGAAGUCUGUCCGAAGAACGAGGGCAGUUAAUUAAUGAAAAAGAAGAAUGUAAGAAAUGGUUUACUGAACAAGAUCAGCGCUCUGAUAACUUCAAGUGGAUUUAUUACAACUUCAGUUGUUAUUACAUUUCAUCUGAGUGGAGAAGCUGGAGUGACAGCAGACGAGACUGUGAAGAGAGAGGAGCAAAUCUGGUGAUUAUAAACAACAAAGAGGAACAAGAGUUUUUGAAGAAGGCUACAGGUGCCUCGAUUUUUUGGAUUGGUUUGAGUAGAGAGGGAGGGGUGUGGAAAUGGAUUGAUGGCACCACAAUGACAUUAAGUUUCUGGAUGGAUAAAUACCCCAUAUCUUCCAGUCAUAACUGUGCUCUAACAUCUGUAUCAGGGUGGUCUCAUUAUUCAUGUGAUUAUACUCAGUAUAGCUGGAUCUGUGAGAGGAGGAUUUUACAGUGAAAUACAACAAAACUCAUGAAAUAUCACACAAGUACCAGCUUGUUUAGUAAUUAUGUUUGUUAAUUGUUUAUUAUUAUACAAUACUACUGUUAACACAGUAAAAUCUAACUUUUUUAUUUUAAUUGUUUAAUGUUGUUUUCAUUUCUGUCUGUAUACUUUUGUCUAAUAUUUUGACUGUAAAAUAUAGAGUGGUAAUCUGGUUGUGUUAAUAGAUUAUAUAACUUCUGUGUAUUUAGGUUUUAAAGGCAUACAGUUUGUGUUGACCUGUAAAUGUUACACAGUGUUGAGAAUGAAGAGCCCUUACAAAAUAUAUAUUUGUAUAGCCUAUUUACUGUCAAGAACAAUUGUAAAAAAAUAUAUAUAAAGUUGUCAUUGGGCCAGUACCCUUUUAAAAAAUAAAGCUUUAAACUAAAAAGUACAUAGUAUCUUAGGUACCAAAUGUUUACAUAUCUGUACCUAAAUGGUACAGCUUUGGACCUUUACUGCCCCAGUGACAUCUGGUAAACAUUGUUUCUCACUGUGUACCUGUACUCAAUCCUUAAAAGUUUAAUUAUGUAUUUUUCAUAUACUUGGCUUAUUGUUGUUUUAGCUCUUUUGAUGGAAAAGCCAAUUAAUUACUAGUGAAUACUUCCUAGUUUUAGGUCUUAUAAACUUACAAGUUAGAUUUAGUGUGGAAUAGCUUAGAGUAAAUAAAACAUUCAUGGAACCAAAACGUGACUGCUGAACUUAAAAAAUAAAUUUAAUUUAAAUUUCAAAUUGUUGGAGUUUUAUUUAACUUCCAGUCUGUUGAAGUUUAUUUAGUUUAACAAAGCAAUGGCAAUGUUGUAACCAGGGGCGUCAUGCACCAUUUUUUUUUAAGGGGGCACAGUGUGCACAGCUCACAGAAAUUUGUGCAUACACAGACAUAAAACGAAAUAUUAUAGAGCUUUCAGUCUUUUCCAUGGCACUUACAUUUCUAACAAUCUG